GCCCAAUUAACGCUCGGAAACAUGUCUAUGAUCUUUAGAAGAGCACUGGCAAGCGUCAGCACCAAGAGUGUUGAGCCAAAAGUCGUUGAUGUACUGAUUGUCGGUGGUGGGCCUGCUGGUCUGACGCUGUCAGCUGCCCUGAAGAACUCGAGAAUCACCAGGGAUUUGAACAUCCAGCUCGUUGAAGGAUUCAAACUGGAUGGCGUCAAGAGCUUCUAUGAGGAAACACCAGAGCUGCUGACCAAUAGGGUGAGCUCGUUGACACCACAGUCCGUGGAGUUCCUCCAAAGAAUUGGUGCUUGGAAGUUCAUCAGACAGGAAAGGGUACAACCUUAUGACGGGAUGGUUGUCACUGAAGGGCUCAGCGACGCCAGAUUGAGCUUUGACCAUCCUGAAAUUGCCACGAUGUGUGAGAACGUCAACUUGCAAUCAUCGCUAUACCAGAGAAUCAAGGAGUUGGAGUCGCAAACCGCAGAGGGUGAAGCGUUUGGCCUCGACAUUAAGGACGAUACAAAGGUCACGUCAAUCACCAAAGAUGAAUCCAACGAUUGGCCAAUAGUACACUUGUCCAAUGGAGAAUCCAUCAAGACACGCUUACUCGUUGGAGCUGACGGGUUCAACUCCCCUGUGCGUAAGUUUUCAGGGAUCGAAUCAAGAGGCUGGUUCUACAACAGAUUCGGAACCGUCGCCACGGUCAAGCUGGAGUACGCACCAUUUGUAUCAUGUGCAUGGCAGAGAUUCUUGCCUACUGGUCCAAUUGCUCUGCUGCCAAUGCCGGAUGACAACGCAACCAUGGUUUGGUCUACGACUCCAGAGCUUUCGGAGCUGUUGACCAAAGUUGAGCCAGAACUGUUUGUUAGUCUUGCCAAUGCUGCCUUCCUGUUGAACAACGUUGACAUGGAGUACUACUACCAAUGCCUAAGAAAGGACGAGACAGAAGGCCUCGUUGACGACAUCCAGUGGAGAAUUGACCACAUGACGCAGAAAUUCACAGAGGAAGAGCUUGAUGAGAAGUUCCCCGUGAAGAUCAUCUCAGUACAGGACAAGUCCAGGGCUCGCUUCCCAUUGAGACUCUCACACGCAGACACCUACGUCGCUGACAGAAUCGCACUCGUAGGAGAUGCUGCUCACACUACACAUCCACUGGCUGGUCAAGGCCUCAACAUGGGACAAGGCGACGUCCAAGCCCUGGUGAAUGCCCUGGAACAGGGCAUCACCAGAGGGCUCGACAUCGGCAAUCUGCUGGUACUGGAGCCAUUCUGGGCCGAUAGAUACCCGGAGAACAACCUGCUGUUAGGCGUUGUCGAUAAACUGCACAAGCUGUACGCAUGUACCAGCGAGCCAAUCGUGGCAUUGAGAAGCUUUGGCUUAAAUGCAGUCAACCAGUUAACACUGUUGAAGGACUUCAUGAUUGGCCACGUCUCUGGUAAAUAAAACCACGUAUAUAAAGACGACACACUUGUAAAUUGGCUAGGA